AUGAAAUUUAAAGAGUUGAACUUCGACCUAGAGGUCGAGAGCUGCUUGUCUUUAAUAGUUAAAUGCAGCAUGAAUAGCAUAAGGGAUCGCAAUAUUUAUAACAGGAAUGAAGAUGCGAAUGGUAGUGAGAAUGAGUAUGAUGAUGAUGAUGUCUGUGAUGGUAUAAUCCACAUUUGUAGCAUUUCCCAUAGCAUGGUUUAUAUUUGCAGCUUAAGCAGGAAAGACAACUACACGAUGACAAUCCAGUGCAGUACUUAUGAGAAAACGACCUUGAAAUUAUCACAGAGUUUUGAAAAGAUUUUACACGCUACUUGUUUGUCAGUUCCUAUGGUGAUCUUUGCUUCACUUACAUAA